AUGCCUGUUCUGGGGCUUUGCAGUGGGCAGUUUUACAGUUCAUGCACGUUGUUAUCUGGAUCCAUUAUUAUUGAUAGUUCAUCUGUUGUCUUGAACAAUGGAUCUAGCCAACAGUGGCUGGACAUUUGGAAUACCCACAGGCUGCAACGACUGAUCUUCAAAUCGAGCCUGGAAACUGUUUUGCCAUCUGUCGGUACUACAUCGAUAGAGAUGUGGCUUGCAUGUCUGCCCCUCCGGGUAUGCUGGUCCCGUCUUUAUUGGGUAAUCUACAUGUGUAACACUUUUCCGAGGGUUGAAACGGUAGGGAUUGCUUGGUCGAAAGUUGAUAGAUUCAUCAACAGUGGGAGAUGGCCGAAGGAAAAGCGUCGUUGUUUCAUCGAUACUAUUGUAGUUACUAUGUUUCUGAAGGUUACGCGUUGCCACAUUCUGGAGCUGAGGGUUGUCUCGAACUAUCGGGUCAGUAUGGAUAUGUCUUCGGAGUUCCAUGGACCACAUACUCCGUGCGCUGAAUCACGUAGAAGCUCCAACUAUUCAAGCCAUCAAAGUCCCCAAAGAUUUGCAUUGUGCUUAGAGCGCGAUAUUCCACUGAGGGGCUACCCCAUAGGGAUAGAGGGCGAUGCUCUCAGCGUUCAGUUCGCCACUGGAUACACCAAUUCUUGA